UCGAGAGCGAAAAUACAAACCGAUAUUUAAAGUGAAUGUAGCCUUUAAUUCUCCAGGUAUUUCUCAAAUUCUACGGUUCGCGAAAAACAAAAACAAAAAAACAGAAAAAAAAAACCAAAAGAGUCGAGCCUCUACGCCGACAAGUUAAUCAUGAGAUGCGAGAUUUUCUUCGCCAGGAUGAAAUUCGUUUUGCUUUUGAAGCUACUAUUGGCGUUGUCGCUGAGCACAGAAGCGGAAAAGUACAAGCAAACCUCAAUAACCCAAUGUGAAAAGGGCGUUAUCAAAUUUGAUGGGGAAAAAGGGAACUUCACUAACCCCGGAGGAUACGGGGGUUAUCCCAACGAAUCGGAAUGCAGUUGGAUCAUAGAAGCAGAUUACAUCGCGACAGUUACGGUCACGUUCCAUGACUUUGACUUGGAGUUGAGUAAAAGAUGUAAACCCUAUGAUUUUGUCAGCGUAUCAGACAAAUGCAAUAAGUCACAAAAUUGGAAAAUGAUCGAAGACGUCGAAGGAUACUGCGGAAACACGACUACGUUUAAUAUCACAUCACGAUGUGAAAGAAUGAAAAUAGAUUUCAAGUCUGAUGAUUCUAUAACAGGGAGAGGAUUCAAUGCCACCUAUGUGAUUCAACCAAAACCAAAGGCACCGGAAAUGUUACCGUUCUGCCCUGAGGGAGAGAGAAAAUGCUCAACAAAGAAAGAGAAAGAAGAGUUUGAUACCGUGUUUUUGACUUGUCGAGCUUCUGCGUCUCCUCAGCCGGUCUUUAACUGGACGUACCUCGGUCUAAACGAAUCGAAUCCCGAGCAAACUCUAGACAAAGCCGGGAGGCGUAUUGAGGACUUUCGUAACGGAACUCUAAAGAUCAGCAACUUGAAUAGAAAUGACACUGGUUACUAUAAAUGCCACGCUGAUAACAAUGUUAAACCACCAAACAGUGCGGUAAUGUAUCUUCGCGUGAAAGAAAAAUGCAAAUGCCCCGCUGACCGAACGUAUCAGAGUGACUUUAAGUUCAUGCCCUUGAUUAGUUCACCUGGAGUAGCUUUCAUUGUUGUUGACGAUCCGCCAGGUACUUCUGCCAACGCGGUGUUCAACUCUGUGCUAUCUGGCUGGCCUGUGCUCCUUCUCACCAUGUUAAUGGCCUUACUGUCUGGUAUAAUCAUGUGGGGACUAGACACGUGGUAUAAUCCCGAUGAAUUUCCAAGGUCAUUUAUCAAAGGAAGCGGAGAAGGUUUUUGGUGGGCUUUUGUAACCAUGACGACCGUAGGUUAUGGUGAUCGAUCUCCUCGGGGUUUUGUGGCUCGCAUCUUUGCAAUUGUCUGGGUUUUAGUUGGCCUCGUUAUCACGUCCAUUUUCACUGGUGUUGUGACUACCUCCCUUACAGCCAUCACACUGAGUACUGACGUCAAACUCUAUGGAACUAAGAUUGCAGCAGUGGUUAACUCAACCGAGUACCGGCUUGGACUGAACAAAAAUGCUAAUAUGCGAGCUUUCGAAACAUUGCAGUCGAUUGUGGAACCUCUGAAGAAUCGAGAGAAUGGCUUGAAGGGUGUGUUAGUUGAUACGUACGUCGCUGGAGAAAUGAAAGAAUUUUCCAGUGAGGAGCUUCGUGUGAAUAAGAUCAUUGACCACAAUUCAUACUAUGGUGUGGUAUUCGGAGGGGGACGGCUAUCUGAAAAGAAUUUUCAACACUGCUUUGAGGAUUAUUUUCUGUCCAAACAAGCUCAUAUCUUUCAGGAAGUAAAGAAGCAUACGACUCCUAUGAAGGAACCAAAAGAAAGUGCAGCAGUGGAGCGAUCGUCUGGUUUGUUUGAUGCCAAAUCUCCCCUCUUUCAAAACGCCAUCUACUCAUGCAUUGGUAUGCUGCUGUUUUUCACUGCUUGUGGGAUCAUUUGGGAUUACGGGUACAUGAGACAUUGGAAGAAAAAGGCUGAGAUGGAUGAACUUGAGCUUCUUGGGGGGCCUGGGUACGAAAUGGCCAAAAGGAACUUGGACAUGAUGGACUCAUUGAUGCAGGAAGUUCAAGAGUUUUAUGACAACUGGACGAAGAGACUGGACGAAAUCACAGAAAAACACGACGAGGAACAGAGGUUGCAAAGUAAACUGAAGAAAUGAAAAUAAAUUACACUUCUUGUAGAAGAACGAAGUAAUUUCAAUGGGCUGAUAAAACGUCUAGCACAAAUGGUAGUAAAUUAAAUAAUAGUAAAAGAAUAGGAGACCAGUAAGUAGUCUUAGUAUACAAUUUCGUCAAUCAAUAUCGCACGUAGCAGAAUAUGUAAGAUUGGUUGAUCAAACUUGCAUUCAAAGACCACGUUUCUAUAAGGAACGAACGUUACAUACCUGUUUCAUUAAGAGUAAAACCUUAGCGGUGAGCUGGGACGAAUCUACUCGGUCGCGUUGAAAAAGUUUGCAGUUAAAGAGAGGUGGCUAUUGUUAAAUAUAGAUAUUAGAUGAAUUUUGAAAUUUGCAAGAUCUAUCGAGAGCAAUAGCGAUGGAAAAACUCCUUAAUUGGUUUUAGUACCCACCUAAUUAGUUUUAGUACCCACCUCAAUUACCAAAUGGUCUCUAGCUGAGAGAUAGAUCCAAAGUGCCCGGUGCGUUAUCACUGACUCUUCGGAGAUCUCUCAGUGACCAUGGCAAGUAUUUGACGAAAAACGUUUUCUCCGCCAAGGGAAGAUCGUUUGCUAGGAAAACUUUUGACAUGGUUUCACUCAUUGAUUCUCUUUCAAGCAUGAAUCCACUUGCACCGAAUAUUAAUGCCCACCGUGCCUCUUGUCAAAGAAAUGUUAACGAAACAGAAAGAUCAGUCUUCCACUAUCAGGUCUAAUUACAGUUGUGAUGUGAUUAUUAAGGUGAGUCGGAGUAAUCGCGGUCGAUUAAGAUGAAAAGUAUUGUAAUUAUACACAUAAAUUUUGGAUUGGCAUGGUCAGAGAAAUGUUGUAGAGGACGUGAGUUUACCACCACGUUCAUGAGGAAUCGAAAACUUCGAAACAGGCUCUUCGAUCAACAGAUACAUUCUAUUGACAUUCUCUUCAAUUUGCGCUGCUAUUCAACACAAACCGGGUUUUGUUCCUUACAAUAUUCAUCACGAAUGGUCUGAUCUUGACUCUGUGCUGAAUGUUCGAACAUUCUGGAUAAGCUUACUUGAUUUUAAGCUAUUGUAAUAGCAAGAAAAUCUGAUAGGUAAGACAAGACAUUUUUACUUUGUCCGAACAUAAUUCAAGUCUUACUUAAAAUGUAAGUAGUGACCCUAUCCAAAUUAAAAUCUGGCUAUAACAAACAUAGACAAACCUGUUUGUUAAAAAGUUGUAAAUCAGUGUGAAACACAGUUCGGUGGCGUUAAAUUUCGAUUGCGCCUCAAUUUCAAAAAUUUUAGCUUUUUGUUUUCCAGAGUAUCGAUUACAAUAAGAGAAUCUUGCUGGAUCCGUAAGCCACUAAAAAACCCACUAUUUUGAAUAAGUCCUCUGACAGUGUGCGUGAUUUUUUUCAUGGUGUGAGCAAUAAUUUUAGUAUCUUUUUAUACUACAGCUUUAUAUUUCCAUGUAUACUUUGUGUGUUAUCCAGUUUCAUUUUAUUUAGCUACAAGUACCGUUAAGCAGUUGUGAUUAAGGCAGAAGAUAGAUCAUCGAAUCGUUUCACCUUCUGUACAUCUCGAAUAAAAACGAAUUUAGAUAAUCUUUAUACAUUUUAUAGAAAUGGGCACACAUCCAAGCGUAGUUAAGAUAGAUGUCUGGAUAGGAGAGCCGGAAAAAGGCCGAGAUGAAAAAAAAAACAACGCUGUAGAUUAUAUAUGUCGGAAGCACCCUGACAGCUCAAUCAUUUGCGUCCAUUUGCUCGUACUGUGACUGAAUGAAUUAAUGUAAACUUGGUCAGUUUCUCAAAAGAGCUGAAUGUAAUUGCCUCUUACAGGGGCAGACUACACGAAAAUCUGUUGGGUUUCCAAACCUACGAUCUCUAAUAUGAUGGGUAGAGCAGUUAUCAAUUGAGUUUGGAAAGUGGAUUCUGGAUUGCUUUGGUUUUUUGCUUCACUUCUCUCUGUGAUUGGUCCAUAUAACUUGAACCAAUAUCUGAAAAGGAAAACUAAAAGCAAUCCCGACCUGCUCACUUACGUUUUCCCGCACUUCAAUCAGGUUGUCUGUUUUCACUUUGAGCUCUCAUUGGUUGACGAUGAUGUUAACCUUUGCAAUGUUCUUACUGGUAGUUUUCAUUACUUUGGUUUUGGUUUGUCGGCUCUCAAUUGAAAAUGACUCUAAUAAUAGUAAACGAGUAGCAUAAGGAUACAGCCACUCGUCAGUUUCGUCAAUUCCAAAGGCUGAACUUAAUUCUUGUAAACCCUCAUUUCAUAGAACCGUUAUCUCGUAUUAGCAACGCUAUGAAAUGUCAAUAUGUAAAUCAGUUUCGCUUGGAAACAAUAAGCACAGCUUUUUAAAUAAAGAGAUCUGUACGCGGAAA